CUGAGCCAGACGGAACUCUGGCAAGAAACUGCAAUCAGAACUUUCUCUCAAAUCACUUCCAUGGAACUUCACAAGGAGUGCAGUACAUUGUAGUAUCAAGACUGGGGAUUGCAAUCGAAUAAGGGGUAUAGCUUUAGGAGAUUGAUAUACAAGUGACAAAAUGGGCCAGGCAGCGAGUAGGCAAGAGGCAUUCUGGGAGGCCUGUGGUUUUGGUCGUAUCCAGAAAGUUGAGGAGUUCAUACAGCAAGGCAUCGAUGUCAACUGGGUGUCUUAUACUCAUAACUCCUGCCCCAUACAUGUGGCCUCCCAAGGCAAGGCAGAGAUUGUACAGAUGUUGAUUGAUGCUGGCUGUAAUGUUAAUGUGGUUGAUGAUCGUGGUAAUCUGGCGUUGCACCAUGCAGCUAUGAAGGGGCAUGCUGACAUCAUGGAGAUGCUGAUCAAGGCUGGGUCUGAGAUUAACACACAGGAUAAGAAUGGCUGGAGCCCCCUGAUCACUGCUUGUUACUGGUGUCAACCAGAGUGUGUCAAGCUUCUUAUAGACUCCAACUGUGACGUCAACCUCAUGAAUAAGGAUCUACGUACAGCUCUACAUGAAACCUGCAGAAGUCGCACACAAGAUGAAGACAAGCUGGGGCAGAUAGCUGCCAUGUUAAUUGAUGCUGGCUGUGAUGUGGACCUGAAGAGCAGUGAUGAGGGAGAGGCAGACUUUACUCCCCUGAUGUUCGCCUCCUACCACGGUCACCCUGGUGUAGCUCAGGCCUUGAUUGAUGCCAAGUGUGACGCCACCACUCAGGGAACUAACCUGUGGACAGCCCUCCACUGGGCAGUAGACAGGGGUCACGGGGCAGUGGUCAGAGUGCUGCUGGAGGCAGGUCUGGACCCCACUGUGAAGGGUGUGAGAGGAGAGACAGCAGUUGAGAGAGCCAGGUCCAAUGAUAUCAGAGCAUUGUUUGGCAGUGAGUAUGUCUUACCUGAAGAUGUUACAACCCCCGUUAUUGAUGACAAAAAUUUUGAAUUUAUAUUUGAAUCUGCCAGUGGAAAAAAGGUUGAUCCAAAUGAUAACUCCUCUAAAUCAGAAAGUUCUCCAUUGACUGAAAAUGCAGACGGCAGUUUGGCCUCUGCUGUAGAUGGCAGUAGCAGCAGUUCACCAACCAAGACAACACCAAACCAAAGCUCAGUGAAAUCCUCACCUUCCCAGAAAUCUUUGCAAGAACAGCAGGAGGAUUAUGGGAAAUUUGUGAUUGACAUGAUUGUUGCCAAUCGUAAAGUAAAUGCUCAACAGGAUAGGAGAAACAUAACAGGGAAGCGGUACCAGAGGCGACCCAUCGAGAACAAUAUUUACACAGGAGAGGUGACCAAAAAGUCACCAACAGAUGGCGCUGGUGAUGCACCUGUUAGUUCAACUGAAAAAGGAAAGGACAAUGAAUCUGGAAAGAAAUAUGAAGCGGAAAUUCAAGCAGAGCAGAAAGAAGGGGGUGAGAGGAACACAACUUCAGCAGAGGACAAUCAGGGCAUUUCCAAUCUACAGUCAGAUGUAGCUGAAAUAAACUUGACCAAUUCUGAAGUGGACAUGCGUCAGUUUAAAAAUGACCAAAAAUCUGGAGAUGAAAAUAAGCAAAGUGGGGAUUCUCAGCAGGCAGAAGGUGGUAAAGGCUCAUCCAGCGCAAACACGGAGGAAGAUCUAGCACUAAAACCCCGAGAAGCUGAAAAAAAUGCAGAUUUUGAUGCUGCUCAGCAGCUAACUAAGAAGAUGGCUGAUUGGUCAAUAAUUGAUGUCCGUACAUGGCUGGACAGUCUUGGUCUAGAUGCUGAGACAGUUACAACGUUUAUGACAGCCAAAAUUCGUGGCAAAGUGCUAGAACACCUGACUAUGGAUGACAUGAAGGAGGUUGUUCCUGAUCUCGCUUUUGGAGAUAAGAAAUUGGUGCUUAUAGCAAGAGAUGCCUGGUUGGCCAUGGAGGAAAAAGACACUAUUUGAAUGAUUUUGAGUUCUGUGUCCUAAUCUUUUGCUUAUUAAAGUGUCAGGAAUUUGGUUUGUGCCAUUGUGAAAAUGAUUUCAUUUUUCAGGUGAUUCAGAAAGAAGAUUUUUCAAAUAUGUGAGACUUGCUUUUUGAUAUCUGAUGCUUUGUCAUUGUAGCUGAAAGUGGAAAAAUCUCUUGGAUUUUCCAGAAAAUAUGAACAACUUUUUAUUUUAUGCAGACAGGCUGUCAUUGCAGUGGUGGUGCUAUUAAUUAUUUUGGUCUUGUCAUGUCACAUUUAUUGGCUGUCAAAUUGCAUUAUUGUUCUUGUUUUGUUAGAUCUAUUAGCUGUCUUCCUGAGAGUGUAUUAUUUUAUCUUUCAAGGAACAUUUAUGAGCUGUCAUAUUAUUAUUAUUAUUAUUUUAAUGUGAGAGCAUUUUACAUGUUGUAAAAAUAUACAUUGUACUUGUUAUAACUUUUUAAAAAGUAUUUACAUUGAUUGCACAUGAUAAGUACAAGAAAGAAUGGUGCAGAAGUUUUCCUGUGUUAUUUGUAAGUCAUAUAUCAUCAUGUUUAUUUGUUUUGUGAAAAAUGCCUGGCUUUGAAUUCUGGAAUUGUGCAAAUUCAAAAAGUUUGCUGAAUGUGGAACAUUUCUUUGAGGCAGGAAUAAAUGUAUGUUAAAAGUAAAAUAAUAUCAAAUUAUGAAAAAAAUAAUUGCAGUGACAGUCAUUAUAGUUUUUAUUUGACGAGCAUUGGCUUAAUAUUUUAUAUUGACUCAACUGUACAUUUUAUAUAUUUUACCAAUACUUAAAUCAGUCUUAUUGCAAUAAUAAUUAACUGGUGUUGCAAAAUAGUUUCAGCUUUAUAUGUUAACUUCAUUACUUCCUUGCUUAGAUGAAUCAUCAUUGAACAGUCAAAGUUCUCGAGAGGGGGUUGCAACAUUGUUAUAAGGCAAGGCAGAGAAAGCAAACCAGCAGUCAUUUGCUGCAUCUGGUUUCAAAAGAUGGCUAAUAAUUUCAAAGACAGCUAUACAUUUAAAAAUUUUUCAAAUGCCUAUACUCAAUGUUUAAGUCCCUAUAUGCAAUGUGAAAAUGCCUAUAGUGAAACGUAUCAUCUCCCCAUAGACAUUUUAAAGACCAGAAAUAAAUUACAGUAAAUGGAGCAAUUCUUUAUCUAUGACUAAGACACAUCUCUUUUCCACAGCAUUGUGACACUAAUGACUUCACAGGGCAUCACACAUAACAGAACAUUUCUUGCAGUUUUUGUUUCCUAUUUAAACUUCAUAUCAUAAUGGAUUGAAGGUCCCCUGUUUAGUAAUUGCGGGUACUCUUUUUGUGAACUCCCUAUUAAUUACAAAGAUACAUCAACUGUUUAUUGUGUUAUGACAGUCAUGAUUUCAUUGGGAGUGAACCAGUGCAUGUUGAAAUUAUUCAGUGUGCUUAUUAAACAAAUUUAGUUAAUAUAAAUAUUACUUCAUAAAAGCAAUCAAUGAUGAGAGAGUAUUUUCUGCAGCAGAUAUAUAGAGAGUUUUAAAAGAUGAGCAGCAAUAAUGCCUGAGAGAGUAUGUUUUUGUGGGUGACUCAAAUGAUAAAUCAUGAAAAAAAGCAGCUUUGUCAAUAUUUCCAAUGUCAAUAUUACUAUUAUUAUUAUUGUAUUUAUUAUUAUUAUUAUUUUUAUUAUUAUUGAGAAGUGGAUCUAGAAGAUCAGUAGGGAAGGGUGGGAGAGUAUUUGAAAUUAAUUUUAUUUUCCUUGUUUGAUUGAAGAAGUAGAUAUUUCUGGAAUCCUCUGUAACUAUGCAUUUAUUGGUAGGUGUUUCUGAAAUACCCUGUAGCUACUCUCUGGAGGCAGCCACUGCUUGAACCUUCCAGUACUAUAUGUUUUUGAGGUAGACAUCUCUCUGAUCCCUCCAUUACUACAUUUUGAAAAAUUGCCAUUAUUUCUGGAACCCUCUGUACUCACUCCCUGUAACCAUAUUUUAGAGGUAAGAAUUUUUGGAACUCUGUGUAAUCAUCCCCCUUGUGGAAGGGUUUUUUGGAACCAGGUCUUUUUAAUUAGUAUAUCACCUGAGAGAAAUAAAAUUCUUGAACCCUCUGUUUCACCUUUUAAAGUAGAUAUAUCACCUUGGUAGACAUGUAAGAGCUGAAGGUGACACCUGAGGGAUAGAGUGAUUCAUCAGU